AUGCAUCAUCAUACAGGAACAGAUUCUCCCUCACUGUCAAGUCCCGAUGAGAAAAAAUUCGGUCAUCAUCAUUCUUUAAGUAGCAAUCAUUCAAAGUCUCACACAAAUUCAAAUGCCUCAUCAUCAGAGUCAAUCAACGGACAAAAUAGUGAUAAUAACGACAAUGAUUCCGAUGGUAAACGAAAGAAACGUCGUAAUCGUACAACAUUUACAAGUUUUCAAUUGGAAGAAAUGGAACGUGUGUUUCAGAAGACACAUUAUCCUGAUGUGUACGUGAGAGAACAGCUUGCACAUAGAACUGACCUUACCGAAGCAAGAGUACAGGUAUGGUUUCAAAAUCGUCGAGCAAAAUGGCGAAAACGAGAACGAUAUACUCAAGUUCCUCAAAUGCGUACACUGGCCAAUACAUCAAAUCCGUACGAUAUGGCAUUGAUCAGUAGUAACGGCGGCGUGCAAUAUCCAACAUUAUCAACGAAUAAUUGGUGUAAUCAAACAGGAAAUCCAAUGCAAACACAAUCGUGUGGUAUUUCACCAUCAGUGGGUGCGACUCCAAUACAAAAUUUUAUGGGUACAUUGGGAACUAUGCCUUAUCCUUUUCCACCAUCGUCGUCUAUUGGAUUACAAAAUACAUCAAAUUUUAACCCAUCAACAAUGUGUAACUAUGGUUAUAUAAGUCCUGAUCAUCGUCAAUCGAGUAUAGCUGCAUUACGUCUAAAGGCAAGAGAACAUAGCGUGGCACUUGGCGGUAUGUAA